UUUGCCCUUUUAGAAACAAUAAGUAAAAUGAUGAGAGAAGGUAUUCCUUUUUUUUCUUAGGGUAUAUGAUAGUGUUAGCGUGUUAAAAAUAUCUUUUAAAAAGAGCUAAUACAAAAAAAUCCAUAUGUUAAUCACUCAAGACAUUAUCUGCUCACUUAUUUUACUGAAGGAUUGAAAGAGAUAUUGCUCUUAAUCUCUGUCAAUGAUAUUUAAACGACUCCAAUUUUAUGCAUGUCAACAGGGUUUCUUAAACGUCAAGGAACAAAUGGAAAUUUGGAUGAAUCCUCUGCUAUAAAAACUUAAAUAUGAGAUUAAAGCAUGCCAAUUGAUCAGAUUUGGGGAUGGGUUUACCUUCAUUCUACAGGAAUGUUGUAAAGUCGUCUCGAGUCUAUUUAUUUAUUUUUUGUAAACUUCGUCUAAGUGAGUGAAGACGAUCUUUAUGUGGUCUAACGAUAGUUAUACAUUUAGUAAUUUGUCCUUACUCUUCACGAUUGAUUCCUUUUUGCCAUUCAAACAGAUGUAUUUAUACAUUUUGACUACCAUACUAGCGCUCCACGCACAAUCACGCUGUUUAUCGAAAACGGUAGAAGGUUCACUCCACUGUUGAUUAGCCGAAACGACAUCACUAGAGGAUGCGGCGAUAUCCGGGUCGGAACUCCCUCUUGCGUCUUGCACUCGUCCAUAGCCAGGCAGGUCAAAGCAGGGGGAUGACAGGGCCCCCCACACCUUCAGAGUCCCUGAAAGACACGGCCUCGGGGCUGGAAAGGGGGAGUCUCUUCGCGGUGCCGGGGAUCUCCCUUGGGUACCCCCUCUCGCAGGAGGAGACGGUGCUGGAGAAGCCGACAGCGGAGCACCUCGCGCUGGCGUACCGCUCCUUGGCCUGGGGAACGUUCUACGCCUUGGUGGGGUUUACGGCGGCGAUCGCUCUGGCGAUGGUAUCGUGUGGGUACUACAGCCUUACCGCCCUUCUUGAGGGGGUGCGUGAGAAGACCCGACGCGAUAAUCAGCGUUUUCUUCUCUCUGGUGAGGCCCUUCGUAAUGAGGAGGCAUGUCAUUCAUGUACAAUUGACCUUUCUCAACCGACAGUUGCGAUCCAGCAAAUAAAAGAGCUAUGGGAGCUCUUGCGUGAUGAGGGACUGAAAGAGGACUGA